AUGAUUGUGCAAGACAGAUUUGAAAGCUUUAGUAAUAGUAUGCAGAUACAAAAUGAUAAUGUUAGAAUCUCAGUAGCGGUUCAGUUACAUUCUUUGUACGUAUGGCAGCAGCGUCUUAUGUAUGUGCUCUAUGAAUAUGCAUUACAACUCGUCGGCGUAUGGCAAAACAUCAGUGUUGCCCACAGCCACGUAGUUGAACUCGCCCAACUUGACACCCUUGGCGCUGUCGGCAGAGAUCUUGAUCUCUCUUGGGAACUCGAAGGACUCUUGCAAAGCAACAGACAACUCGGCAGCCUUGAGAGAAGCAGACAAAGAAGAAGCCGAGACGGCCUCGACAGCCUUCUUGGCGUUUUUGAUGCCCUGAGCAACAGAAGCAGCGUCACCAGACACAGAAACGACGAACAAGCCGGCGUCUUGGUAUUGGUACAACUUGGAGUCGGCGCCUGGGAUCUUGGCCAAAGGCGAGUCAACACCAGCCAAAACAGAAGUGCCGACAGCGGCAGACAAGACUUCGUACUUGGCAAAGUCAGCCUUGGCCACAGGAACAGCAAUGGCUGCGAAAGACUCACCAGCGGCAGUGAUGCGGGUCUCCUUGCCGGUGAAGGACUUGACUGGCACAGCAGAAGCGGCAGAAGCAGACAAGUCCGAGAAGGCGGAUUCGGCCACAAAACCAGCCAAGUCAGCCUCGUUGACGCCCGAAGCCACGAGCGACACGUUGCCGGCCGUGUACGCGUGUGCAGCAAACUCUGUCACGUCCUCGUAAGACACAGAGGAAGCUGGGUUAUAGUACAAGGGGUUUCCCAAGCCCUUUCUGAAGGAAAGCGCGUGGAGAGCCUCGAGGCCAACAAAGGCGUUGCUGGCGGCGGCAGAUGCAGCCUCGGCCUUGGCCACAGGCACAACCACCUCGGUGAACUCGUGUGGGCGGAAUUGGGGCUUGGCAAUGGUGUUGGCCAAAGCUUCCACGUAGUAAGGCAAGUCUUGCUUCAAGAACUUGGCGUUCAACACAAUGGCGUCACGCGUCACGUGCGACGAGAACUGGCCACCCAAGAGCUCAGACUCUCUGGUGAAACGCAAGGCAGACUUGGUUUCGGUGUUGAGAAAGGCAAACUUGGACAACAAGUGAGCCACACCGCUUUUGCCGGCCUUGGAGCCGGAGUUGUUGACCACAAGGGAGAUGGAAGAGAGACUUCCGGACGCGUCUCUAGCGACCAAUUUCACGGGAGCAGAGCUGUACGCACGGGCGGAAACACGAGACAACAUGGGGGAGAAUGA